AUUCUUCAUGAAAUUGCCAUGCCUGGAACGACUUUCAAGGACAAGAACACUCUCCUCACUGGUGUCAGCAAAGGUUCCAUUGGUGUUGAGAUCUUAAAGGGCCUCAUUUCCAGUGGUGCCCAUGUUGUUAUCACCACUUCCCACUACAGUCACUGCACUGUGGAGUAUUACCAAGACAUUUACCAAAGGUUUGGUGCCUGGGGUUCAGCACUCACUGUUGUGCCCUUCAAUCAGGGGUCCAAGCAGGAUGUCAAGGCACUCAUCGACUAUAUCUAUGCUACUCUUGGCAUGGAUCUCAACUACAUCCUUCCAUUUUCUGCUGUUCCAGAGAAUGGGCAUGAGAUUGAUGGCUUGGACAACAAAUUGGAGCUUGCUCACCAUAUUAUUAUGCUUGUCAACUUGCUGCAGAUCUUGGGUGCCAUCAAGACCAAAAAAGUGUCUGGUCAGCUUGUUACUCGGCCUACCCAGGUUAUUUUGCCAUUGUCACCAAACCACAGCCUCUUUGGCAAUGAUGACCUGUACUCAGAGUCCAAGAUCUCACUUGAAACCUUGUUCAACUGCUGGAACUCCAAAAGCUGGGGUGAAUAUCUAUGCCUGGCUGGUGCUGUGAUUGGGUGCAUAACCCAUUAA